CACCGCUCGGACGCGCUUGCCACCAUAGGGGCCCCGCCCUUCCCUCUUCCGCUUCUUCUCACUUUCAGCCCGAACAGAUUCAUUGCAAGUGCACUUCAACAUGCACUUCUCUACUCUCCUUUCCCUCCUCGCCGUGGCGAUUGGGGCCGUCGCUGCUCCUGUUAGUGAGACGGAUGAGGAGUUUGUGCAGCGCAGCCCGGAUAGCGAUAACCAAGCCCUCGCCAACGGACCAACGCCGCAGCUUGGCAACCCGCAGGACCUGGAAACUCCCUCCUUCGUGCGUACCCCGGACAUUGAACGCCGUGCAUCUGAGAACUCUCCUGUCGCUGCGGACGACUUGUACGGCUUGGGCUUGUAUACAUACCACGGGGGGCAAACGUUCGCUUUUCGGCCGCAUCCAUCUCCUCCCAUGGAGUGCAAUAUCUUUCACCUUCGGAAGGAGCAUGGCACAAGAGUUGAUCACAUAAGGGUGCAUGCCAACGCUGAGUGCUUUUUCUACAGCAAUUAUUGUGACGGAAAAGCACAGGUUGCGGCAUAUUUGAGAGGAUGGGGCGGCGACCCAUUAUGGCUCGACACCCCCCAGUGGUCCGACUACAAGAGCUGGGCAUGUGGGUACGUGGACAGAAACAAGGCUCUUGCCGGCUCUCCGGGCCAGUUCGUCGAAGUGCAAGUCGCGGGUCCAGGUUCCUCCGAUAUUAAGCACUCUUUCACUGGUGCUUAGGUGUCAGGAAGGAGCCCGGUCCGAGGUUAUCUUAUAUUCUGAGGCCUCGUUAGAAUCAAGCAAC